UCUCUGUCCUCUGAUUGGACGAGCAGUUUCAGCACAACUAGCACCAACUCAGUCAGUGUAGUUCAUGAACAAUUCAUCUUCUUAUCGGUUUCUCGGUUGAAAUAUUAUAUUCUCCGCAGUUCUGAGAAAAUCUCGCCGAAACUGUCUUGAGUUUCGUCUGAAUGGCUGAAGCCUCCGUUGCAGACACGUCGAAGUUGAAUCCAGAGUCUGCUGAGUUUGUGCCACAAGCUAAAACCAAUCAGUCCUUCUCUAAGAGAAAUUACAGACCACAGCACCACAGUCAGGACUGGAGGGCUCAACAUGUUAGGCCUCAUCAUCACUUUAGACAGUCCGAUGCCAUAAAGCACUGUCAAGAUGAGUCUGAAAACUGGGCCAGUAAUACAUUACCCCCUGCUGAACUUCCCAUCAGAGGAGAUGUAAGAGGUAGAGGAAGAGGAGGAAGACAAAGAGGAGGUGGUGAUGGUAGGCGCAUUAAUGACCAUCAGGCUUCGAAUGAGAGAUGGACAAAACCUGAAAGUGAUAGCGACUGCUCAGGAAAGGACAACAGGGCUUCUGGCCGUGAGCAACCUAACUCACCCACUUCUAAUAGAGCCACGGAUGAGGAGAAGAAAGAAAGAACAACUGUAGAAGCCGACUUGAGAGUGUCUUAUCAAGCUAGCCGACGUAAACAGCCCAAUAAUGCAAGAACUGAGAGAUUGAUAAAGGGGCGUCAGCCCAAGGACCAAGAGGAGAACAGGGAAAACCAGGCUGAUGCAGGAGACACAAAGCCUGCAGCAGUUCAUGAACAUCCAGAGCCUGAGCAGAGGAACCAUAAGGGAUGGAGAGGUGGAGAUCGCCGCAUGCAGCCGAGUUCCUGGAGGAAAGGGCCGGCCUCUAACCAUGGGAUUGAGGGUAAUUGGAGAGAAAGAGAGCCUGCACAGAUCACAGCAGAGGAGAUGAAAGGUGCAGAAGCUGAGGGCGGAAGACAUGAGGAGCCCAACAGAAACAGAGGAGGUCCGAGAAGAGAGGAGAGGAGAGGUACAGAAGCUGAGAGCAGAAGACAUGAGGAGCCCAACAGAAACAGAGGAGCAGUGAGAGAGGAGGAGAGGAGAGGUAAAGAAGCUGAGAGCAGAAGACAUGAGGAGCCAAACAGAAACAGAGGAGGUCCGAGAGGAGAGGAGAGGAAAGGGGCAGAAGCUGAGGGAGGAAGACAUGAGGAGCCCAACAGAAACAGAGGAGGUCCGAGAGGAGAGGAGAGGAGAGGUACAGAAGGUGAGAGCAGAAGACAUGAGGAGUUCUACAGGAACAGAGGUGGUGCGAGAGGGAAAAGGCCACUACUGCAGAAUCAAGGGCCGAGGAGAGGCGGGGGCCCUGAGCGACGGACUGGACCGGUAAAGAGCAUGGAGCCUCCCAAAAGCAAAGAAACCCAAACAGGUUGUCUAAUUGAGCAGCUGACAGAGGAGAAGUACGAGUGUAUGGUCUGUUGUGAAGUGAUUCGACUCAUGGCUCCGGUUUGGAGCUGUCAGAGUUGUUUCCAUGUAUUCCACCUCAACUGCAUCAAGAAAUGGGCUCGCUCACCUGCAUCUCAAGCUGAUGAUGGUACUGAAGGCUGGCGUUGUCCUGCAUGCCAGCAUGUGACACUUAAAGCUCCUAAUUCUUAUACCUGCUUCUGUGGGAAGGUGACCAAUCCUGAGUUUCAGCGCACUGAGAUCCCUCAUAGCUGUGGAGAUAUGUGUGGGAAAAAGAGGAGUGGAGGGGAAUGCAAUCACCCCUGUAACAUCCUCUGCCAUCCUGGGCCAUGCCCGCAGUGCCCAGCUUUUAUCACUAGGUCCUGCAUUUGUGGGAGAAUGAGUAAGCAGGUUCGCUGCAGUCAGACUGGACCUCUGCUUUGUGAUGCUGUCUGUGGGGCUCUCCUGAACUGCUCAGAGCACUUGUGUGCCCAGGUGUGCCAUUCAGGGCCAUGCCAACCCUGCCGUAUUCAUGUUCAUCAAGCCUGCUUCUGUGGUGUGACAUUCAGGGAGGUGGCAUGUGGGACCGAUCGUGAAAGGUUUGAUGGAUCAGGAUAUUUCUCCUGUUGCAAGCCCUGUGGAAAGAUGCUAGAUUGCCAGUCCCAUCGCUGUCAGCAGUUAUGCCACCCUGGCCAGUGCCAGUCAUGUCCGCUCAGUCCCAAGCUUGUGCGCAGUUGUUCAUGUGGACAGACUCCAUUAUCUAAGCUUCUGGAGCUGGGCUACCCAGAGAGAAAGACCUGUACUGACCCAAUACCCUCCUGCGGCAAGACCUGCAACAAGCCACUGCCAUGUGGAGAUGGUGAUUCUGUCCACUUGUGUGAAAAGCUCUGCCAUGAGGACAGCUGUGGCCCGUGCUCUUUGAACUCCUCUAUUAAAUGCAGAUGUGGUGGUAACAGCAAGGAAAUUCCAUGCGCAACCAUUCAGACUGAACAAGACAUGGUGUUUUUGUGUGAGAAACGCUGCAACAAGAAGCGUUUCUGCGGCAGGCACAAAUGUGGAGAGUUGUGUUGCGUGGACUUGGAGCAUAAAUGCUCAAUGAUUUGUGGUUACAAACUCAACUGUGGUCUACAUCGAUGUCAGGACCUGUGUCACCGUGGCAACUGCCAGCCUUGUUGGCAAACCAGUUUCGAUGAGUUGACGUGCUACUGUGGGGAGACUGUGCUCUUCCCGCCCAUCCCUUGUGGAACCAGACCUCCUGAAUGUAAAAACUUAUGUACCCGAAGUCAUGACUGUGAUCAUCCAGUGUUUCAUUCAUGCCAUAGUGAAGAGAGAUGUCCUCCGUGUACCUACCUCACUAAGAAGUGGUGCAUGGGUAAUCAUGAGCAAAGGAAUAACAUCCCAUGCCACCUGCAAGACAUCUCAUGUGGUCUAGUGUGUGACAAGCUCUUACCCUGUGGUUCUCAUCACUGUAAGAAAAUAUGUCACCGUGGGGUAUGUCAGGCAGAGGGAGAGUGUAAGCAGCCAUGCAGUCACCCCAGACCCAGCUGUGGUCACCCCUGUGCUGCUCCCUGCCACCCAGGCAGCCCUUGUCCACCCACCAUCUGCAGUGCCAAGGUGGCACUGCAGUGUGACUGUGGCCGAAAGAAAGAGACCAUUCCUUGUGCUGAUGCAGCCAGUUCCUACCAAAGAUAUGCAGCUAUUUCUGUUGCCAGUAAGCUGUCAGAUAUGCAGCUGGGAGAGUCCGUUGACAUUGGACAGCUCACAAAGAAAGAGCAGAGAAAGGCCAGGUUGGAGUGUGAUCAAGAAUGUGCUACACUGGAGAGGAACAGGCGGCUGGCUGAGGCCCUGCAGAUUGAUCAGUCGGUGGAUGCCUUCAACAAGUCAGCAUCUUCCAAAUAUAGUGACUCUCUCAAAGAAGAUGCAAGGAAAGAUUUCAAGUUCGUUAGUGAAACUGAAGAGGAGAUUAAGAAUUUAGUUGACCUGGCUAACAAGGGUAAACAGCCUAAGAGGAGUCACUGUUUUCCACCUAUGAAGCGCGAGCACCGGAGAAUUAUCCAUGAGCUAGCGGAGGCAUAUGGUGUGGAAAGCGUCAGCUAUGAUAGCGAACCCAAGCGCAAUGUUGUGAUUACUGCCAUCAGGGGCAAGUCGGUGUGUCCUAACACUAGUCUGGCCGCUUUGAUUGAAAGGGAAACUGUUUCCAGAGCACCUCCUCCUAUCGCCCACAUCAAACAACACGCAAGCAAGGCCGACAAUAGUAAUGCUUGGAUGAAACAGUCUAAAGAAGAGGCCACAAUUGAUUAUUUUGAUGUGCAGGAUUGACAUGAAAUACAGAAUAGUCACUGUAAUAUUCAAACAAAAUAAAACUGUCGAAUCCAAAAACUUCUAUAGCAUCACAGUUCUGAAAACAGACACAGUGAGAAUCUAUAGCUAUGUUUCUUAGGUUAACUAAGGAGCAAACAUCUAGGAGUAAAAACUGAUGUGGUUUCCGUGCACUUAUUUACUUGUGGGGGGGUGUAUUUGUCUAGACUUUGACAUUAUCAGUGACCUUGACAGUGACUUCUGAUAGACGGCUUACACGAGUGUGAAGUUGGACAUGAUCGGCAUCAGGAAGGUUGUUUGUAGAAUUCUAAUCAUGUUACCAAACCUUGUUAAAGAAGGUGAGAACAACUGUGCGUUCCUGCCUCCAAUAAAUACUUCUGUAAGCAAA